CCGCCGGGCCCGUUCCCGGGAGCAGCCUCGGGGGGGGCUGGGCCCGUUGUUGGGGCCUCCUCGCUCCGGGAGAGCUCCGCGGAGCCCCGGCCCCGAGGCCCGGGGAGGUUCCUUUGGGUCGUGGGGACCGCGAGGAAACCGGCGGCCCCCGAGCCCUGAGGGAAGCGGCCUGGCCCGUGUCUGGCGGGAGCCUCGGGCUUCCCGCCCCCCCGGGCUGGCUCGGCUGCUCCGGCCUGGCCCGGGGCUGGGCUGGGUGCCACCGGCUUUCCUCGCCUCUCCCGGGGGUCACGGGCCUCCGUGAGCAAGGGUCGUGCUGGGCUGAGUCUGAGCACCGUGGGUCCCAAUAGAGCGUUAACAUUGGCACACGAGGCUGCUGAGCCUAUGGGGAUGUUUUACUGGUAGUGGGGCUCUUCAUUUGAAAGCUGAUUUUGUGUUUCACCCUAUCUGACAUCACCGAGGUGAGGUCUUUCUGUUUGGGAGGGAGUUUAAGCUGGAAAUCAGCAUUUACAGUGUGGCAUGUCAUCCCGAGGGAAAAACGUGGAUAGUUUCCUGGCCUGUGGUGUGUUUUCCCUGAGUGUUAACGCUGCUAGGAGAUUUGGUCAGAAGUGUCAAAAGAGCUAAUUUUGUUCAUUUGACCCAGGCAAAAUGGUGGAAGCAGAUCUGGGUCAUUCUUGUCUUAGGUAUGAGUCCUGAGGGUGUUUCUUGUCUUGUCAGGAGACAGAUAAAAGCUAAUUAGAUAUAUUGAAUUAAUACACUACACAGACAGACUGUGUCUGUCUAAACCACUAAACUAAAUCAAUUCUAAAUUGCUGUUUCAGCUAUUCAGAGAAAGUUCACCAGGUGUCCUGGUUCUGUAGGAGUUGCCCACAUGAUCCCAGAACUCCCAUGAGAAAGAGCUGAAUAUAGAACUUUCUGCAUUGGGGUUUUUUUGAAGUCAGGGCAGAGCUCUACACAUCUGGGGAAGUGGUUUGAAUACUGUGUGGGAAUUUCUGAAAGGGGGGGGGUAAAGACAAUGAUUUUGUUAGGCUGCUAAAGCAGUUGGAUGUUGCACGUGAGGAAGGUGCAAGUUGUUAUCACAGGCACAAACCUUUCACAGAUGAUUUGAAAAUUAUUAUUGUGCCAUAUAGCCUGGGUUUGCAAAGGGAAAAAUGUCCUAAAAUCGAAGUGAAAUGUUUUUCUCUGAUCAUAUUUCUGUCACCAGCAGGUGGCUUUCUCACCAUCUGUGUGCAUUGGUGCUACCUCCAAGUCCAGCUUGCAGGCACAGCACUCCUUUUGAAAUGGUCUCAAAGGAGAAAGUCUGAGGCAUAAUUGCAACACUUUAAUCUCCUGGAUUACCUGAAGAGGGAAGCAUUUCAGUUUACCAAAAGCCCAGUGAUUGCUGAAGAGAUAGUAAUGUUCUUAUUAUUCAUAAAUUGAAUUAACAGCCAAAUAAUCUUAUUUAACAAAUUGCAGUGUCUGUGCACAGGGAUAUCAUAGAUCAUAGAAUGGUUUGGGUGGGAAGGGACCUUCAAGAUCAUCUAGAUCCAACCCCCUGCAUGGGCAGGGACACCUCCCACCAGCCCAGGUUGCUCCAAGCCCCAUCCAACCUGCCCUUCAACACUGCCAGGGAUGGGGCAGCCACAGCUUCCCUGGGCAGCCUGGGCCAGGGUCUCACCACCCUCACAUCCAAGAAUUCCCUCCUCAUGUCCAACCUCCAUCUCCUUCCAGUUUUAAUCCAUCCCCCCUCAUCCUCUCAUUCCCUGCCCUUGUCCAAAGUCCCUCCCCAGCUGUGUCCAGUUCUGGAGCUCCCAAGAUGAAGGACAUGGAGCUCCCAGAGAGAGUGCAGAGGAGGCCACGGAGAUGGUCCAGACACUGUGAAUAAAGAAUGGUUUUGCAGAAACUUCAACAUCCUGCUCCUGUGAGUCCAUGAUCUUGUUUGUUUGCCACUCAGCUGAUCUGUGAAGCUCAGCACCAGCUGAGGUGCUGUGUGGAUGGUGUUCUGGAGCAUCCCAGUCCUGGCAGCUUCCUGGGUCUGUGUCCAUGAGCACUUUCUGAGCUCAGUCCAUGCCCGCUGUGGUAGGUUUGGGCUCCUGACGUGCCACAGAUAAGGAGAGUGUUCCUUGCUGAUGCCUCUUGGGCUUUUUAUCUCUCUGAGUUUUUAUUCCCCACCUCCUUUUCUAUUGGUUUGAGGUUACUGGAACAUUUUUAUAGAGAGAAAAAAAAUAUUAAUGUGUUUGUGCUUCAAGUAGUUCAGAGCAAAAUGGCUUCUACCUACCGCAGCUUCCGAACCAGCGUCCCAUGGCUCAUCCUUUUCCUGGAAGCUGUUUUCAUGGUCCUCUUCUUCUUCUUAGAGUUUGAUGCAUCACCACUCAUUCCCUACCCAGCUUUUCAAGAUGUCAGCCACAUGAUGGUGUUUGGAUUUGGCUUUUUCCUGACGUUUCUGAAAAGAUACGGGUUUAGCAGCACUGGAUUCAACCUCCUGAUCAUUGCAGUUGGUGUCCAAUGCUCCAUUCUGGUAGAAGCUUUAUUACAUUUCCUUAGUGGAGGGUCAAGCUGGUUUGAAGAUGGUCUGAAAAGAAUAACACAGGCUGCUGUGAGUAUGACUUCUGUGGUCAUCUCCACUGGAGUUGUUCUUGGAAGGGCUAAUCCUCUGCAGUUGAUUCUGAUGACAGUUGUGGAGAUCAUAUUUUUCCAUAUCAGCAGAUGGAUCAACACAUCAUACCUGGAGGUUCCAGAUUCUAACAGCCUGAUGCAUGUUCACCUGUUUGGAGCCUACUUUGGUCUGGCAGUCUCCUCACGCUUCUCUGAGCCAUCCCCAAGGGCUGAGAAGAGUUCAAGUACCCCCAAGUCAGAUUUAUUCUCCAUGUUGGGUACUCUCUUUCUCUGGGUGUUCUGGCCAAGCUUCAAUUCUGUGCUCUUUAGUGACUACAGGCAGACAGCAAUCUACAACACCUACUUUGCCCUUGCAGUGAGUGCUGUGACUGCCUUCGUGUUGUCUGUUCUGACCACAAAGGAUGGAAAGUUCAGAAUGACUGAUAUCCACAGUGCAGCCCUCGCAGGGGGCGUCGCUGUUGGUUACGCGAUGGGCAGCAUCCGGCAUCCUUGGAUUGCCAUGAUUUUGGGUCUGCUGGCCAGUGUGACAGCCAUAUUAGGAUCUUCCUGCUUACAGAGAUGCUUGAAUCCUGCUCUCAAGAUCUAUGAUGCCUCUGGAGUUCAUUUCACUUUUGGCUUGCCUGCUGUGCUUGGGGGUCUUGCCCACCUCCUUCUCUUAGGAAUAGAAGAAUGGACUUAUUUACCAAGCUUGGGUUCUUUGGUCUUGACUCACCUUGGUGCCAUCUGCCAGACCAUCAGUGUUGCCUUGGUAACAGGUUUUAUAACAGGUUUAAUAUUAAAUCUCAGACCAUUUAAGACCACCCCUGUAUCAAAGUACUUUGAAGACCAGUUUUACUGGGAGUUUCCCCAUUUGGCUGUUGGAUUUUGAACAGAGGAACCCAACGGGCUGAUUUGACCAAGAUAAGAUUUUCCUGUUUUCACUAGAGAAAAUUCACAGAGCAUUUACAUAUAAAAUCUCAGGCUCAAAAAAAAGCCAUCCCAGUGGACCCACAAAUAAUUAGAAACCAUACAGGGUGUAAAUUUACAGAUGCAAACUCACAAUGCAUUUUGCUUUUCUGCUUUGUUGGUCUCACCUUAAAUGUUUUGGUUUUGUAGGGUAUGUACAAACAAGUUGGCUGCACUCAUUGCUGUAGUGGCUUAUUCAUCAAAAUGCUUGGAAGUUUUAAGCUCCCAAGCUUAAAUUUUUGGCUCCCAACAUUAAAAGCCAAAACACAUCUUUUAAAGGAUAAUUUUUCAAGGAGUAGAUACUCAUUCUUAUCUACUGAAGCAUUAAAGCACUUCUUUUUAAGCUAAAUUAAUUCUGUUGAAGACCUUGUUAAGCCAGGAUUUGGUGAGUGAGCUGGAUUGGAGCCAGAACUGUAUUCUUUGAGUUAUCUGAGUGGUUCAAGGAGAAGCUGUAAUUACUUGUCUCUCAAUUUGGAAGCUGAGAUGGCAAGAAGUGAAAUUGUUCUGCUUGUGGAUGAUGUCCCUGAAAUCAAUGGUAUUGUUCAUAUUCAGGAUGUGGCAGCAAACCUCAGAACAGCCUUGCACCAGCACAGGGGCAGCUCUGGCUGCCCUGAGGGUGGGAACAACUGGAGAGGAAUAAUCCUUGGUGCUUCUUGGUGCCAAGACCCUGUUUUGGAACUGUCUUACCUUGAGCUGUGUUACUCUGAGACAAGCAGGAGGCUUCUGUGCAAACAACUCCUUGUUUUUAAAAUGGAUUGUGAUGCUUUGUUUCAAAAUAAUUGGCAUAGAAAAAAACAAACCUCUUCAAAAAAUGCUUACAGAAUAAAAAUUAGAAGUUUGAUGGUUUUUAUUUUUUCAGCACACUUGAAGUAAUGAGGGAAAAUGUAAGAUUGGAGGCAAUCCUGCUGCAACACAAGCUGUUCUCCAGCAGAAAUGCUUUUAAGGAAUAGUAUUUUAUUCCCUUCCUUUCCCCCCUGUGUCUUUUAUCAUUGAUUGCUUAAGCAACAAGCCUAGGUAAGAGCAGAGGGAGGGGCAGGUACAGCAGAGCUCUCUCACCAUUCCAUGGGUGCUGGGAAUUCUCCCUGGCAGCGCCUGUCCCUGGCCUCAGGAACAGCAGCCAGCAGUGUGCCCAGGUGGCCAAGACCAGUGGCAUCCUGGCCUGUAUUAGAAACAGUGUGGCCAGCAGGACCAGGGGCUGAUUGUCCCUCUGUGCAUUGGUGAGGCCACACCUCGAGUGCUGUGUCCAGGUUUAGGCACCUCCAUACAGGGAGGACACUGAAGUGCUGGAGCAUGUCCAGAGAAGGGCCUUGAGAACAAGUCUUAUGUGGAGCAGCUGAGGAACUGGGGCUGUUUAGUCUGAAGAAAAGGAGGCUGAGGGGAGACCUCAUCACUCUCUGCAACUGCCUGAAAGGAGGUUGUAGAGAGGCAGGUGCUGGUCUCUUCUCACAACUGGUGAUAGAACAAGAGGAAACGGCCUCAAGCUGCACCAGGGCGGGUUUAGACUGGACAUUGGGAAGAACUUUUUCUCUGAAAGGGUUGUCAGACAUUGGAAUGUGUUGCCCAGGGAGGUGGUUGAGUCACCAUCCCUGGAUGUGUUUAAGAGUCAUGUGGAUGUGGUGCUUGGGGACAUGGCUCAGUGCUGGACUUGGGAGAGUAGGGUUAAUGGUUGGACUCUGUGACCUUGAAGGUCUUUUCCAACCAAAGUGAUUCUGUGAUUCUAUUAUUCUUCCUGAACUCUGACUUGAAGAGCUCUCUCCCUUUCUUUUACAGUGGUUAGAAAGUAGUUGACAGCAAGUUUUGUGCAUGAGGUACCUCUGUCUCAAGCUUUGUGCAUGAGGUACCUCCAUCCAGAGCCACUGCACAAGUUGUACUUGUGCCUCUACCCUGUUAUCCACAGCCACAGGGAGUUGUUACUCAUUAUCUCCAUAGGAUAAAUUAAAUAUGUGUGUGUGUGGGGGGAGGGUGUAAAAAAGAAACAAUCCCAAUGGAGCACAGUUCUGAUCAUGCAAGAAAAGCCACACAUCAGUACGUUUUGAAGAAAUGGUUAUAUUGUCCAGAUAUAGGAAAUAUUUAAUAAAUAUACGUUAAAAAGUUGGUUUAAAGCAUUUUUAGUAAGUCCUGAAUUGUAAAUAACAUGAUAGAAACAGCUGGUUAAAUACCUCAGUUUUCCACUAUCCUAUUUACUUGUAGCAAACAUCCUACCAUAAAAGUGACUGCCAUGGUUGCUUGUAGCAAUUCUGCACUGGUCAAAAACGUGACAACAUUGACAUCAACAUUCAAGAGUAAAAAAAUUAGCAGAAUAGAACCAGGAGUUUUAGUGCUAGGAUUUAAGAUUUCCUUGUUUUCUCUUUAGACACAAUUGAAGGUCACUGUUUACAAAAUGGUUUUACAAAACCCAGGGAGCCUGCAGUUAAAAAGCCAGCCCAGCCAGAGCAGCUCAGGGUGUGUUCACUGCCACAGAUCUUCUGUGCGACCAAAUUUGAAGACCAGUCCUC